AUGUCGGGGGAUGAAAAAAACAAAUAUUUAACAACUAAACGUGAUUAUAAUGAAACUGUAAAAGCUUAUAUUGAGAGGAUUAGUAAAGAAAAUAUAAUAAAUUUCAUUCUUUGGAAUGAGAUUUGUGAAAAAAUGGAAUUUGUUGAUACUGGUGGUUCUGGGGUUAUUACAAAGGCGAAAUGGAUAAAAAAGAAUAUAACUGUUGUUUUAAAGACAGUGGUAGUUUCUGAAGAAACAAAUUCAGAUAACGAUGAGUUUAUUAAAGAGAUCAAGGCUUUUCAUAAUAUUGGUCUAGUGCUUUCAAGUAUAACGAAUGAAGAAAACGAAGAAAAAACAUCUCUCAAAGGAGAAAUUACCUCUCUCGUAGGAUAUGAAAAUGUAAUCAAAUUUUAUGAUGACAUUAGAGCUAUUAUUACGGAUUUUGGACUUGCAAAAGUUAUUCCCCGUAAUAGUAAAUCCAAUCAGAAAAUAGUAGGAUGCGUACCAUUUGUAGCUCCUGAGAUAUUAAAUUGUAAUGCAACACCUGACUUCAAAUCUGAUAUAUAUAGCCUUGGUGUGGUUUUGUGGGAGAUCACAAGCAAUGGUCGACCCCCGUUUGACAAAUGCAAUAACGUCCUUUUAGUUUCACUUCAAAUAAUUAAAGGAGCACGGGAAACCCCAAUAAAUGGAUCUACAAACUCCUAUGUUAAGCUUUAUACAGAUUGUUGGGAUGGAAAUCCUAAGUUGCGACCAGAAAUUGAUGAGGUUUAUAAUUUAAUUCAACAAGAAGACAUAAUAUCAGGUGAAAAAUUGGAAGAUUCAUCAAAAAGUUGUAUUUCUGAUAUCGAUACUGGUCCAAUAACACCCAAUGAGAAAAUUGAGAAAGAUGAGAAAAAAUCUAAUAAGACCAGUAACGAACAAAUUUUUAAUAAGAUGCUUGAAAUGUUUGGACUGCUUUCUACCAAAGAUCUUGAGAUGUUUGAACAACUUUCCGCUAAAGACCCUGACCGAUGA